AUGUUAAGUGUUGACUGUAUAUUUGUAGUUAUUGACAGCAUAUUACUCGGUGUUGAUUGUAUACCACUUGUCGUUGACCAACAAGAAGUUGCUGCUGAUGUAGGGUAUGAGGCUGUUCCGUCCAGAAAAGGGACAAAGAAAACACAAAAAGUGAAGUUGGAGUAUGUAGAGCCUGAUGGUAAAACAAUUGAGUUGGAUAGGGAUUUUACACCCAUCUGUAGACCAGAAGCUCUCAUUAAUAUGCUAUCUAUCAUCAAGGAGAAAGACAAACAAGUCAAGGCCAUAACUGAAAUUGGAUUUGGUGGCCUGCUGUCUAUUCGUCUUCCUGAUAUUAACAAGAAGCUUAUUUGCUGGAUUCUUGAGAAAUUUAACAGUGUUGGUCAUAUGCUGCAGUUUGGGGAAGGCCGGAAAUAUGGUGUGCAGCUAUAUGAUUAUGAUGUGUAUGACGUGUUUAGGCUGCCCUUGGUGAAAGGUGUUGAUGUUGAAGAAACACCCAGGAAGAGGGUUGAGGGAGAUGGAACGUUUGAAAUGAUCCAGAGGUGGUUUAGAAAAUAUAACAAAAAAGACAAUGUGCAAUCUGCUGCUUUGUCUGAGGUGGAGAUUUAUCUUGCAAAUACUAACGAGUACGGAGAUGAAUUCAAGCGUGCGUUUGUGAUUUACGCUUUAGGUGUUUUCUUGGCUCCCACGUCUAACCGUUUGGUAGACAUUAAGCUUCUUAAGGCAGUAGAGGAUGUUUCAAAAAUUGCGAAACAAAAUUGGUGCAAGUACGUGCUUGACCAUUUGGGGUUGGCUGUAUGUAGGUGGAACGAAAAAAUUACUAAUACUAGAGUUGGCGGUUGUUUACAAUUUUUGGAGAUUAUAUAUCUUCAAAGAGCUUUAUUCCGUGGUGUAAGUCCGCCCAAGGAGAUUCCGCUUGUGCAACAUUGGUCUCCUGAUGAAGUAUCUGAACGUGUAGCUGCUGAGGUGAAAAUGGGUUUUGGGCUAGCUGCUGUUGAUUUAACGAGCUAUCCUUUGUCAAAGUCUCUUGGUGAUUUGUCGGGGAUACCUCAUUCUGCAUCGGGAAGUAAGAUGAUUGAGUUUGCUAUUCCUGAAGGUUUUCAGACAAAUGAUGAUAUUGAAAAGAGCUGCGAUGAUGAGUUGGAAGUAGCAUUGAAAAAGUAUUGCCGGGAUUUAUACAUUGUUUAAAAUUUUCAUCAGCAGCAUAUCAGUACGUUAAAGAAGGGAAGACAACAAUUGUCAGAUAGUCCUGG